AUGGCGGCCUCGCCAUUUUGCGGCAUCCCGGGAGCAGCCAUUGAGGACCACUUCAGGGACUGCUAUUCUCCCAGGGAUGGGUGCGUGGGGGCCCCGCCCCCUAACUCCCUUCUCCCUGCUGUGCCUCCACCACCGCUUCUGGAGGCCACGACCCCUGGGGAGGUCCUCUCCCUCCUCCGCCGGACCUCCAACACCGCUCCUGGCCCGGAUGGGGUUAGAUAUGGAGUGUGGCGUCGUCGGGACCCGUCAGGACAUGUUCUUGCCGCGGUGUUUAAUGUCUGCUUGGCGGCCAGGCGGUUUCCGCCCGCCUGGAAGGUCUCGACGACCAUUUUGAUCCACAAGAAAGGUCCGGUGGAGGAUAUCUCCAAUUGGCGGCCGAUAGCUCUGUCAAACACCUGUGGGAAGCUCUUUUGUAGCCUCCUGGCCAACCGCCUCUCUGGGUGGGCCUCCGCCAACGGGCUCCUAUCAGGGGCCCAGAAAGGUUUCACUCCCGCGGAGGGCUGCCUGGAGCAUAACUUCCUGCUACAGGAGCUCCUUGAUGAGGCACGUAGGCGGGGGGGAGAGCUUUGUGUUGCUUGGCUAGACCUAGCCAAUGCAUUUGGGAGUGUGCCCCACUCCUCUCUCUUCUCCGCCCUGCGCUCUGCCGGUCUGACCGCCGACCAACUGCGGCUCAUCCGGGACCUGUAUCAGGGCAGUGUCACUUCCGUCCGGCACAAUGGCGGUAUGACGGCCGAGAUCCCCUUUGGUGCGGGUGUGAGACAGGGCUGCCCAUUGUCUCCCCUUCUCUUUAAUCUCGUGAUGGAGACUUUGAUCCGGCCCCUCGUUGCUAUGGAGGACAUCCAUGGGGCCGACCUACAUGGCACGCGCGUCAGUGUCCUGGCGUACGCGGAUGACUUGGCCUUGGUUGCCAAGUCUGAAGCGUCGCUUAGGGCGCUGCUUGAGGCCGUCGUUCCGGCGGCCUCGUGGGUCGGCCUCAAGUUCAAACCCGCCAAGUGUGCCACGCUUCACGUGGCCAGGCGGACUGUAAGGCCAACCGAAUUCAUGAUUGACGGUGCUCCUCUUAGGGUGCUUGGCGAGGGUGAGCCCUACCAACAUCUGGGGGUCCCCACCGGGAUGAGGGUGGACCAAACCCCGGUGGAUACCAUCGCGAGGCUUGAGGGUGAGGCCGCUGCUAUAUUCGGGAGUAUGCUUGCCCCAUGGCAGAAACUGCAUGCCCUGCGCACCUUCCUGGUCCCGCAGUUAAUUUUUAACUUUAACACUGCUAGGAUCAGGAAGACGAGCCUGCGCGAACUUGACAAAUUGAUCAAGUCAGGGUGCAAGCGUGUUAUGAACCUCCCGCAGCGUGCCAGUGCAGAGUUGAUCGCGCUCCCCCCUUCCUGGGGUGAAGCCGGCCUCUUGCCGCUCUCUGACCUCGCGGACCUCUCGGCUGUGGCUCACGCCUUCCGCCUCUUGACGUCACCGGACCUUAAGAUCGCACACCUGUCACUUGAGGGUCUCGCUGUCUCUGCUGGUCAGCGGACCGCGGCGGGAGUCGAUAUGGCGUUCCUCGUAUCAUACCUGAACGGGGAAAUUGGCGGUGACACGAAUGUUGCGACAACCUUUUCCUUGGCCCGGGCUGCUCUUAACCGCCUCUCCAAGCGCCUCCCCGACCUUCGGUGGGGGUGGUGUGAGGAGAGGAGAACUUUCCAACUGUCCGUCCCCGGGGAGAGGUCGACCAUCACGGUGGACGGCGGCUCCCGGUCCAAGCUAUCCUCUGUCCUGCGUCUUUCCCUGCAAUUCCACUUCCGGUCCGUCCUUUCAAACAAACCGGACCAGGGCAGGGCCGUUCGUGUCACCGCUGGCUGCCCCUCCUCCAACCACUUCCUUUACGAGGGACGUCAUACGCGAUUCGCUGACUGGCGAUUCAUCCACAGGGCGCGGCUAAAUGUUCUCCCCCUCAACGGUUGCAGACGGUGGGGUGCCGGCGACCGCCGGUGUCGCCGGUGUGGCCGUCAUGAUGAGACCACGGCACAUGUGCUUUGUCACUGUUUGCCUACCAUGUCCGUGGUCUCUAAGCGGCAUGACGCGGUUCUUGACCACCUGAUCGCUGCAAUCCGUCCGUCGCCGGGGGUGGAGACGCGCCGGAAUCAGCGUGUCCCUCUGGAUCGCCUGCUGGCCAACCGUGAGGUCCCGGAUGACUUGGUACGCCUCCGUCCGGAUGUGGUGGUCAUCGAUGAUUCCCGCAAAAUUAUUCGAAUUAUCGAUGUCACCAUGCCCUAUGAGGACGGUUGGCGGGCUAUAGUCGAGGCGAGAGAAAGGAAACACGCCGCUUACGCCCCGCUCGCCCGGUUCCUGCGCUCCGGCGGCUUCACAGUAACUGUGGAUGCCUUUGUCGUCGGCGCGUUGGGGGCUUGGGAUAGGGCUAACUGGGACACUCUGGCUCGCCUGGGUGUCUCACGGCAGUACGGUGUCGCCCUUUCCCGCCGUUGUGUCUCCACAGCGGUCCAAUGGAGCCGGGACCUCUAUGUCCAGCAUGUGACUGGUGUGCCCCAGUACCGUCAAACUCGGGAACAAAAUCUUGACCAGGAUCGUGAAAAUGAGAAUGAAGAUGAAGCAGAAACUAUCCCUCGCAUUAGACCACCAGAAGAUAAUGAAGACGAUGAUAUUGCAGACAUUUACCUCCUGAAUGAUGAGAUAAGUGAUUUAUUUUCUGAUGUAGCCUUGCCUAGGUUUGGUCGUGUCAACAAAAAGAAAAAAUCUGACACACGACCACCACUUAGACCCUUAGAAGAGAUGAAGGCAACAGGACGGGGUACAUGUGAUGAAAUAUGUAGUGCUGACAAUAAAGUCGCACUAAUUAGUUGGUUUGACAACAAACUUGUCAACAUGGCAUCUAAUUUUAUUGCCGCAGGAACUCCAGUUACUGUUAGAAGGUGGGAUAAAAAGGAAAAAGAGUAUGUUGAAGUAGAAAUGCCUGAAAUAACUAAACUAUAUAAUGAAAACAUGGGAGGUGUGGACAAGUUGGACCAGCUGCUUAGCUACUAUCGGACAUUCAUAAAAUCAAAAAAAUGGACACUGAGAAUGAUCACUCAUGCUAUUGAUUUAGCAAUAGGUAAUUCAUGCAACCAUAAGGAAGAAAAGGGGAAGGCCUGCAUCCACAGAAGACCUCCCUUCACAUUCUACUUCAAAGGAAAGGACCAGGGAAGAAGUCCAACCCCCCAAAGCCAUGCGUCGAGAUACGGUAGACCAUCUGCCAGAAGUUGA